CCGCCGCCCCCCGCCCGCCUCCCGGGAAGCGCGGGCACGGCCCCGCCACCGCCGCCCGCGGGGAGACGCGUCCCGCGCCCGGCGGCCCCGCGCGUGGGGCCAGAUCCCCUCUUGCAGAGCAGAGGGGGGGGGUCCCGCACCCCCUUCCCACAGCGCAUCCCUACUGGCACCCUGUGAUGGCCCCGGGACCUGCUGCCUCCCCGCAGCCAGCUGGAGAGGAGAAGCCAGCGGGGACGGCCGGGAAGGGGGGCUAACCCCCCAUCCAUGGCAAGGGGCAACAGCUCGGGGCUACUGGAGAGCAGCCCAGCGCCCGGGGCCUGCACCCAUCCCUCGUCCCCACGCCGCUGCCCGGGAGGCUCCCGGUGAGCCCUGGCCAUGUAGGCUCAGCCCGGGGCUCCGCCGACGGCCACCCUCAACAUGCAGCAGAGCUACGCGGCCGUCCUGUGUGUCCUGGCUGUGCUGGGGCUGGAGGCUGCCGCGCCGGGCGAAUGCGAGCUCACCCGCCUGCUCCAGGACAAGCUGCAGUACGAGAUGCGCCUGCAGUACAUGAAACACUACUUCCCCAUCAACUACACAGUCCAGGUCCAGUACGAGGAGGUGCUGAGGCCAUCCAACAUCACCCGCCUGCGCAACGGGACGGUGUCGGAGGCAGCCCUGAGGUACCUCUGGUUCCACGUCAGCUCCCAGGCGGUGCUGCGGAUCCGCGAGGUGCUGCCGGAGAAGCACCCGUCCUGGAAAUACACCCAGGAGCUGUGCCAGCUCUUCGACGCCCUGGGCAAGGAGUACAGCAAGUACCGGCAGCGGGGGACCCCGGUGACACCGUGGUGGCCUGUCCCCGCAGACAGACGUGGAGGAUGUGGUGGCCGACCUGGUGAAGCUGGUCUACAGCGUGGGUGCCGAGAGCCGGAGGAAGCCCGUCCGCCCCAAGGCGCUGCUGGACAACUGCCUCAAGGUCAUGCGGAUGCUCUAUGGGGCACCCUGUCGGUGGGAGUCCACCUAACGCCGCAGAAGGCUCCUCACUCGACGCCUUCUCCUUGCCCUGGAGCCUGGGAUGCUGCCUCUGCUCUGCCCUCCCCUUGGAGGGGGGGGGGGGGCGGUCCCCAAGGAAAGUGCAAAGGAGGGUGGGGGGACAAAUCCCACCCCCCUCCAGGACCAAACGCCACCCCCACCGGGACUGUGCAUGGCCACGGGGUCAGCCCCGUCCAAAAUGCCAGGCACCUUCUGCAUGGGUGCGGGCAGGGGGGGCUCGGGUGCAGCCCCCCCCGCGGGCAGGCAGCUGCUGGGGGGUCACGCUGCCCUGUCCUGCCCGCAGCGGGGGUGAAGGCAUCGCCCCGCUCCUCUCGGUUUGUAUUUUUUCCUCAGCUUUCAUUAAACACCCGUUAAUUCUCUAGCGUCACAACUCAGCUUCCAGCCGGGUCCCGGGGGCCUCCGACCUUACCCGAAAUAAAGGACCAGCAGAGAGAACCCCA